UUCAUUCGCGAUUUUUUUACCGUGCCGAAAGGUUGUGUUAUUUUCGACGACAUCUGAGAUCGACCCGAGUCAUCCCAAGCGGAAGUCAAGCAAUUACAUUCUAUAUCCAACAGGUUAAAAUGCCCCAACUGCAGAAGCCCGCACCCCAGUUCGCCGGCACCGCCGUGGUCAAUGGCGUGUUCAAGGACAUCAAACUGAGCGACUACAAGGGAAAGUACCUGGUGCUGUUCUUCUAUCCGCUGGACUUCACCUUUGUGUGCCCCACGGAGAUCAUUGCCUUCUCGGAGAGUGCUGCCGAGUUCCGCAAGAUCAACUGCGAGUUGAUUGGCUGCUCCACGGACAGCCAGUUCACCCAUCUGGCCUGGAUCAACACCGCCCGCAAGCAGGGCGGUCUGGGCAGCAUGGACAUACCGCUGCUGGCCGACAAGUCGAUGAAGGUGGCCCGCGACUAUGGCGUUCUGGAUGAGGAGACCGGCAUUCCCUUCCGUGGCCUCUUCAUCAUCGACGAGAAGCAGAACUUGCGCCAAAUCACCAUCAACGAUCUUCCCGUUGGCCGCAGCGUUGAGGAGACUCUGCGCCUCGUCCAGGCCUUCCAGUAUACAGACAAGUACGGAGAGGUGUGCCCAGCCAACUGGAAGCCCGGCCAGAAGACAAUGGUGGCCGACCCCACCAAGUCCAAGGAGUACUUUGCCACCACCUCCUAAGAAGCUAAUCAUCUGUGGGGCUGGGCCUGUGCGGUGCUUUGCUGUGGCCCUGGCGAGUCCAGGCCGAAUCGCAUUGCAUAGACACACGCACAUUUGAAUACCCUAAAUAUACAUAUAAUAAACCCUAUAACUAGAGCUAGUUCGUCAUCUAUCUACGAGUAUAUGCAUAUUAUUAUGAUUUGUGAACAGAAACUGUGAAAAAAUUGGUUCUUUCUCCCUCUGCAUUGCACACAACACCAACACACACACACAUAACCUAAGCAGAAAGUGAUUUAUUUGAGUUUGCUCUUAAUUUGUAAUGUUGCCUCAAUAAAACUGUAUUGAAUGCUAA